AUGGGCUUGCUGGAUACCAGUGAUUACUCAUGGACGCAGGUCAGGCCAGGGCGCUGGGAGCGCAAUAUUGAUGAGUCGGAGCAGUUCUAUACGACGCUGGCGAAGACGUACGAAGCGAGUGGGCGCUGCUGCUUCGCGAUCACCGCGUACGUUUCUUUCUCGGUGCAGGGUGCUGAACAUGAAGUGGAACUAGCCCUGCGAAAGGCGUGGCUGCGCUUGCGAUAUGAGAGUCCGACGGUUGCGUCGUGGGUUGAGUACAGCGAGCAGAGGCAGCGGUGCAGGAAGAUCUAUGACACGGCGCCGACCCCGGAGGCCCAGAAUGCCUGGCUGGAGAGUACAUUCCAGGUCGUUCGCACGAGGAUGUCCGGUCUGCAGUGGUGCAAUUCCGAUCCGCCUGUUCCGGACAUUCCGACUUUGUUCAUGAUAAAGCGCGCGGGCCGCUCGAGUCCGACGGUCUCGGCGGAUGUGGUCCUUCGCUGUCGCCAUGAUGUGAUGGACGGGGCUGGGGCGUUGAUGCUGCUGAAUAGUCUGUUUGUGCAUGCUGCACAGGCUCUGGAUCAAGGUGAUGGAUAUCGACUUCCGGACUUUGGCGAUGAGUACGCCCGAUUGAGUCCACCGUUUCGCAUUGCUGCUGGAGUUCCACCGGGCUUGAGUAAGAAGCAGCACAGCCGUUUGAACAAGACCAUUUCCAUGAACGCGGCAUUGAAGGAGGUUGAAAUUGCUGGGUUCCCUCGCCGGAAAGGUGCGACACAACCAGGGAAGCACCAACGCGUGGCCAUUACGCUGUCGACGGAAUCGACGUAUCGUCUGGUGAAGGCAUGCAAAGCGUUGGGAUUGAGCGUUACUCAUGCCUAUCACACUGCUAUUGGCAUCGUACUGCGGGAUUUACAGAGGAGACAGUCACGACCAAGAACGGUGCGAUAUAUCAACUAUUGUCUCAUGGAUGAACGACCCCAGUGCGAGGAGCCGUACAACACCCCAGCGCAUGCAGCAUCUGUCUACCAUUCCGUUUCUGGUGAAUGUCUGGCAGUGGACCUUACCGUUCCAGCUGCCUCCUUUGGGGCGCUUGAUCAAGUGCUGGACUACAGCAUACCGCGGCGGAAUGAGUACAUGAAGGUCGCCAGUGCGGUUCGACGGUUCGACAUACAGAACCGCAAUGACAAACAACGAGUUCAGAUGGUCCCCUCGUACUGGGGGAUGAUCACGCCUCCCUACCCAGCGGAUAAUGCCGCACCUGCACUGCCGCCGCCGUAUAACAAACCAUCUGUAUCUCUUUCCGACCUGGGCACGCUGGAUAACACCAUCUCGCCGUCGCAGGGCGCUUUCCAAUUGGACAAUCCAUGGGUUACGAGGGAGCACUUGGUGACUGGGCUAGCCUUGUUUCUGGGGAUCUGGGACGGGCGACUUACCUUGAGUGCCACGUAUAACGAUGCAUGGCACACGAGGAAUGAGGCGUUGGCCUUCCUCGACAGGUGUAAUGUAGUCUCCCUUCAGGCUCUUGGAGCCUAG